CGGGGUCAAUCGGUGAUCACGACGGCCGAUGGCCUAGAGGCGGGCCCGCCAUUGCACUUCGGCCGGCCCUGCUUCUAGCACGCCGGAACUCCCGGUGAUGCACGUCAAUAUUUGUGGCAGCGGGGGCUCGCGUUCGCGCGGCCCCUACAAAAUGAAACAAGAAAUGGGAUCUCGACAUUGAAUAAUGUGACACUCGCUCGUUCUGCAAGCUCAAUGCGUGACAUGGAGCCCUAGGCUAGACCCUACGCCAAGAUACUCGUCACAAUGAUGGCGACCUUCGACAACGCCGAGAUCGAGUAUCUCCUCGCCAAAGGGCUCAUCCGACCAUCCACUUCGCCAUACGGUGCCCCAGUGCUCUUCACACCGAAACCGGACGGAAGCCUGCGCAUGUGCAUCGAUUACCGAGCUCUCAACAAGCAGACCAUCAAGAAUAAAUAUAUGAUACCACGAAUCGAUGACCUAGUUGACCAGCUUCGGGGAGCUACUGUAUUUUCCAAACUGGAUCUGCGGUCCGGAUACUGGCAGAUACGAAUGGCAGAAAAUUCCAUCCACAAAACGGCCUUCCGAACUCGAUACGGAUCGUACGAGUAUUUGGUCAUGCUGUUCGGACUUACCAACGCACCGGCAACGUUCCAAGUAGAAAUGAACCACAUUCUACGCCCAGUUUUGGACGAGUGUGUGGUGGUGUACCUGGACGACAUCCUCAUCUACUCGCGCGACAUGAAGCAACACGUCGAACACCUAGGACGCGUCUUAGAAAUUCUUCGACGGGAACGAUUCUACGUCAAAUUGUCCAAGAGCGAAUUCGCCCUUGAGAAGGUCCAAUUCCUAGGGCACAUGGUGAGCGCUCAAAAAGUUCACGUCGACCCCAAGAAAAUCGAAGCCGUACGUACGUGGAAGAUACCCGAGAACGUGAAGGAGUUGCAACAAUUCCUAGGCUUCGCUAAUUAUUACAACAGGUUCGUGCCACAGUACGCAAAACUUGCAGCACCACUCACGAAUCUGCUGAAGAAGAACACGCCCUACAAAUGGGAGCCGAAGCACCAGGAAGCCAUGGAGCAGCUAAAACAAGCACUCACGUCCGCACCUGUACUCAUGUUGCCAGAACCCGAACGCGACUACGUUAUCGAAGCUGACGCCAGCGACCAUGCAGUGGGAGCAGUCUUGAUGCAAGACCAGGGGAAUGGACUGCAACCAAUCGCCUACCUGAGCAAGAAACUACACGGGGCAGAACUAAACUACCCGAUACACGACAAAGAGGCUCUUGCUAUCGUCAUCGCCUUCAAAGCAUGGAGAUGUUAUCUCGAAGGACGAACAACAACCGUCUACACCGACCACUGCAGCCUGAAAUACUUGAAGGCAAAACCCAACCUUUCCAGGCGACAGGUCCGGUGGAUCGACUUCUUCAAGACGCACUUCCACUACGACAUCGUGUACAAGCCCGGCCACAAAAACAAAGCAGACGCCCUUAGCCGGCCUGCACACGUUGCCGCUAUUCAGCCUCUUCCUGUCCCAGAACAACCAUGGCAAGUGGUUAGCCUGGACUUCAUCACCGGGUUACCACCUACCACCAGCGGUCAUGACGCAAUCCUUGUCGUCAUUGACAAGUUCUCAAAAAUGGGACACUUCAUCCCGACACACACGAGAGCACGCACCGAAGAAAUAGCACAACUCUUUGUUCGAUACAUCAUCUCACAGCAUGGCAUUCCAACCACACUCAUCUCCGACCGAGACCCCAAGUUCACCAGCAAGUUCUGGAAGGAACUGAUGUCUCUGCUUGGGACCAAACUUGCCAUGUCAUCCGCUAACCAUCCGCAGACAGACGGACAGACCGAGCGCCUCAACCAGAUUGUCGAGCAACUCCUCCGAGCAGCCUGCAAGGACGAGAUCUCCAAAUGGGACUUGCACCUGCCCGUUCUAGAGUUUGCUUACAACAACGCUACACAUGCUGCUACUGGACAGACGCCGUUCUUCUUCUGCUACGGACGCCACCCACUCAAACCACAGAAAUCGACAACAUCCGCUACAGCGUAGGAUCCCCUACUUUGUUUAGCCUAGGUUC